CUGACAGAUCCCGAAUGCCCGAACAGCAGCCAUCAAAUUCUCGAGUCUUAUCGGCCACCGCGCGCGUUUCAGCGCAUUGAGCUGAGUUAGCAGAAGACAUACCGGGGAGUGGGAGAAGGUCUUCUUCCCCGGACAGGCAAAGAUUUACCCGGUGCCUCUGAAGUGGAGAGCCAAAUAACAACCCACCCCUUUCUGACAGCGAUUUCCCUCUUCAUUUUCUGGUACUGGGUUUGGAAAAGGGGGACAGUGUCGUACAUUCAUCCCGACGCUGUUUCAAGGGACGUCUUGAUGUGUUUUACAGUGUUCAGUACCAGCCCAUGCGAUUUCUGAAGAUGAAAGCGUGAGCAAUUACGUGCCUUUCGUUUUUCCCCACAUGUCAUACAAGUAGUGUAUUUGCUACGACUCCAUAUAGUUUUUCUCUUGGACACCUUUGACUUUUCAAUUACUUCGGUCAUCGGAACGCAGAGAGGAAGAAAGUCCCCCACUUGAGGGCGAGAUCAGACUUCGGUGCACGGCGAGUUCGGGAGCGUCAGGACAAGAGUCUGCCACAUACAACAUGCUGAAAUGUCCGGGGAGGCAGAGUUGGAUGUGAGAGGCGGUGUGGUGUCGAGAGAGCGAGAGCAAGAGCCAGAGAGGGCACGUCAGUCCACGACCAGAGCCAGCAGCAGCAGCAGCAGAAGCAGCGGCGGCGGCGGCGCAGGAGAAAGCUCCAUGCAGUUCAGUACCAGACCGGCAAGUGUGGAGCCGGCCUUCAUGGGGACAUGGCAGCAGCAGAGCAGUGACAGCAACCUCCUCUUCAGGAUGUCCCAGCAGGCCAUUCGGUGUACCCUGGUGAACUGCACGUGUGAGUGUUUCCAGCCUGGGAAGAUUCACCUGCGCACAUGUGACCAGUGCAAGCAUGGCUGGGUUGCUCAUGCUCUGGACAAGCUGAGCACUCAGCACCUGUACCAUCCGACUCAGGUGGAGAUUGUGCAGUCCAACGUGGUGUUUGACAUCAGCAGCCUGAUGCUGUACGGGACUCAGGCGGUGCCGGUGCGCCUCAAGAUCCUGCUGGACCGGCUGUUCAGCGUGCUGAAGCAGGAGGAGGUGCUGCACAUCCUGCACGGCCUGGGCUGGACCCUGCGCGACUACGUCAGAGGAUACAUCCUGCAGGAUGCUGCAGGCAAGGUGUUUGACCGCUGGAGCAUCAUGUCCCGGGAAGAGGAGAUUAUCACUCUCCAGCAGUUCCUGCGCUUUGGCGAGACCAAGUCUAUCGUGGAGCUGAUGGCCAUCCAGGAGAAGGAAGGACAGGCUGUUACAGUGCCAUCAUCCAAGACCGAUUCUGGGAUCAGAACCUUCAUUGAGAGCAACAACCGAACACGCAGCCCUGGCCUGCUCACUCAUCUAGAGAACAACAGCCCCUCCAGUAUCCACCACUUCGAGAACAUCCCCAACAGCCUGGCCUUCUUGCUACCCUUCCAGUACAUUAAUCCCGUCUCAGCACCUAUGCUCGGCCUGCCGCCUAACGGCCUGGCUCUGGAGCAGGCAAAUCUGAGGUUGCGCGAAGCCAGCCUCCCCAACCAGUCUGAGCAGGUGGAUACCUGCUCUGAGUCUGAGGUAUCUCUCUCACCCUUCCGCAGUAGCCAAAGCCCCAACAGAGGCAAUAUUGGGCCACUGCCCAACAAUAUUGAACCCAAGACAGAGCCCAACCACUCCUCACCCAUCUCCCCUACUCCGUCUGUGCAGCAACAACCACAGACUCAGCAGCCACAGCCCCAAACGCAGCAGCAGCAGCAGCAGCAGCAGCAGCAAUCGCAACAACCACAGUCACAGCUUCAGCAGCAAUCACAGGGCAACAGCAUGAAUGACAACCACCACUUUGUAAAACAUGACCAGCCCAGGAGCAUCUCUCAUUCCUUCUCAUCAAAGAUGCACCGCAUGCGACGCAUGGGUACCCCGUCACGCAAGGGCCGCGUCUGCUGCAAUGCUUGUGGCAAAACGUUCUAUGACAAAGGCACUCUAAAGAUACAUUAUAAUGCAGUGCACCUGAAGAUCAAGCACCGUUGCACGAUUGAGGGGUGCAACAUGGUCUUCAGCUCACUGCGCAGCCGUAACCGCCACAGUGCCAACCCUAACCCACGCUUGCAUAUGCCUAUGCUGAGGAACAACCGUGACAAAGACCUCAUUCGCUCAAACUCGGGUACUGCGACGCCUGUAAUUUCUAGUACCAAAACAGGAUUCAGCCUCACCAGUCCUGGAAGGCCACCGCUGGGCUUUGCCACCCCUCCCCCACUGGACAAUAUGCUCCAGUCUCCCCUGCAAAGCCCACUGGUCUUCCCGUCACUGAAGUCUGUGCAGCCGGUGCAGCCUGUGCCACCCUUCUACCGCACGCUGCUCUCGCCAGCUGACCUGGUCAGCCCUCCUGUCUCGUUGCCGACCAGCCCGAUCUUGCCCACCACCACCAACAGCACCUCACUGAUGGAGCAUCACCAGCAUCUAUUGGCAACCACCUCCCACAGCAGCCACGUGUCUGAUAUUGGGCACCAAAUAUCUCACCGUCUGCCCACACCUAGCACUCAAGAGUCAGCUACUCCAGCCUCCUCCACAGCUACAGAUCCUGCACCCAAGAAGAAACCACGCAAGUCCAGCAUGCCAGUUAAAAUCGAGAAAGAGGUGAUCGAUGUUGCAGAUGAGUAUGAUGACAAGGAUGAGGACGAUGAUGACAGCUGCCAUCACCACCAGCACCACCAUCACCACCACCAACCCCACCACCACCACUCUGGCCCACACCUCCACAACAACAUCAAUGGCAACUGCAACAACAAUAACAACAGUGGCAGUGGCCAUCACAGCGAGGACAGCGGGCACCAGUCCCCCUCCCAGGACGAGAUGAGCCCCAGCAUGGCGCUAAGGGGAAUGCUACGGUCCGACCAGGAUGAGUGCCCGCGCGGUGCCGGCGGGGGCUCUAGUGGAGCGGGGGAUGGAGGUGAGAUGCGCUGCAUGGACAGCUUCACUUCCGAAGACCAGGACCACGAGCGAGACUUUGAAAAUGAGUCAGAGACCUCAGAGUCCAAGAUGUUCUACAGAGAUGAAAUGAUGGACACUGAUGACCACCGAGGAGGGUCAACAGGAGGGAGUGGCGGUGGAGGUGGUCUGCACAAAGAACAUCACAACGAGCGAGAUCACGGAGACGACGAUGAGGGCCAAGCUCGGAAAGAUAUGGAGGACAAGAGCCGAUCUUCGCCUUCGCCUCAUCAGCCUGUCAUCAAGAUAAAGGAAGAGCUCAACGACCCCACGUAUGACAUGUUCUGCAUGAGCCAGUAUGGCCUCUACAAUGGCAACGUGGCAGCCGCCGCUGCAGCUGCUGCCAGCAUGGCCGCCCUCCACGAGAGCUUCAUCUCCUCCAUGGCCUACGGUUCCAGUCCACCCAAGUUCUCCUCACACGCAUCUGACGAAGACCUGCGCGCUAGCCCUGACCCCAAAAUCUGCUACGUCUGCAAGAAGAGCUUUAAGAGCUCCUACAGUGUCAAACUGCACUACAAGAAUGUGCAUCUCAAAGAGAUGCAUGUGUGCACGGUGGCAGGCUGCAACGCUGCCUUCCCUUCCCGGCGCAGCAGAGACAGGCACAGCUCCAACAUCAACCUACACCGAAAACUGCUGACCAAAGAGCUGGACGACAUCGUUCUCGACCCCCAGCUUCUGCCAAUGCCCAAGGACCUGCGUGCUGAAUUCCUGGCAAAGUUCUACGGAGGUGGCGGCCACCACCACCACCACCUCCAUCACCUGGACGCUCUGGGAGGCGGUGGUGGGGGGCUGCUACCUCGUGGGCUGGGCCGCGACGACGACACGGGCUCCCCUGCUGGCACCGAGUACUCAAACGGCAACGGUGGCUAUUACCGUGGCCCCAACCACGAAUACAUGGUGCUGGACUUGAGCACCACCUCCAGCAUGCAGUCCAGCGGCAGCAUCCACUCCUCGCACGAGUCCGACGAGGGCAGCGACGAGGGCAUCCUGCUGGACGACCUGGAGGGGGCCAGCGACGGAGAGGACUGCAAUACCCACCCCGAGGCCCGAGGCCAGGCAGUCACGCGGGGGGAAGGAGACGAUGUAAUGGGAGGAGGACGAGGAGGAGACGGAGGAAGAGGAGAAGCGGAAGGAAGAGGAGAGAUGGAGGGGCCCCUGUCCUGCGACCCCUCCUCCUCGCCCUCUCUCCUGGCCUCCAAUGGGGGCAACGGUGCUGCUGGUGGGGGCAUUCUGUGCACCAUCUGCCACAAAAUGUACAGUAACAAGGGGACCCUGAGGGUGCACUACAAGACUGUCCACCUGCGGGAGAUGCACAAGUGCAAAGUGCCUGGCUGCAACAUGAUGUUCUCUUCUGUGCGGAGUCGAAACAGGCACAGCCAGAACCCCAAUCUACACAAAAAUAAUGCACCCUUUGCUGCCAUGAUUGACUAGCCAAACUCGUCCUCCUCGUUCUCUUUGCCUGUCACAAACCAGAGCAUUCACACUUUCCCCUCUAUCCAUCACGUUCCAUUGAAAAGCAUACAUAUAAAAACUACAGUUAAAAGUCCAGUCCUCAGUCUCUAGGGUGCCCAUGUUGCCUGUCAAAAAAGGAAAAAAAAGACAAUGACAACAAAACAAAAAAACACCAACGUACUAUCAGAUUAUGUUUGAUUUUUUAAUUCUUCAGUGGUUACCAAUCAACAUGAGCUGACUAUGAUGUUCUCCAGAGUUGUGCCCACUGACAUUUCCUUCUUUGGAAGAAUAGGAUGAGAGAUUUCAGAGGAGAGUCCCUUUAAACCCAGGAUGACUCCAGCUUCUCCAAUUCCCUGUCAGAAUCCCUGUACCUUGUCUUAACUUUGUCCAUCUCCAAAGAAUCUAUUCAAACUCUUAUUUGUGACUGUUGCCUGCAGAAAUGAUAAUAAUGGAAAAAAACAAAUCUUCUUCUUGUAUUGGUGUAACGAUAGCUUUUAAAAAAAGAACCCCCUACAAGAGCAUGAACAGUUUCAUUUGUACAUAAAGCCCUUAAAGACUUUGGUGUAAAACAAUUGUAUUGAUGGUUGUUGGCUUUUUUGUUUUUAUGUUACAGUACAAUACUUCCUGCUCUACGGUAGGCAAGAAAGAGGUAGCAUCUUAAUAGCUUGAUUCAUUUAUGUUAGCUUCAAACAUUUUAACUAAGAACAAAAAAUCACGUGACUUGUUUUAUCUACUUGUUAGAUAUGCAGAGGUGGCCGGCAUGCUUAUGGUCUCCUGCUUAAAUACUUUUCCUCCUUAUUUCUCAUUUUGUUAAGUUCAUAGCUUUAGAGUAGGCUACAAUUUUUGUUUUGCACUUUGCAAUUAAAUGGGGGAUGUGUAAUAUUCGUAGAAGGAAAACACUUUGGAAUGCUGGGUCUUUU